GCUGUUUUUAAACAGUAAAAGCACUAGAAGUAAAAAGCAAGGUGGACUGGUUGAUCAGUUGCAUUUCUCUUUUGGAAGAGAUGGUCCUGGUUAUGAAACUUCUGCUCCUCACCUGCCUCUGGCCAACAGCAGUCCUACACAGUUCUCAAAGUCAGCAUCACCAUCUUCAUCAUUGGCAACAGUUCUCAUUCUUAAGAAAGCAUAACAGCAAACAAGAAAUUAAAAUGAGGAAAAUUGACAGCACAAAAGUACGACCACUUAAAUCUGAGCAGCUGCUUCGCAUAGAGGAUCAUGACUUUGCACUCAGACCUGGAUUUGGAGGGUCACCAAUACCUGUGGGCAUUGAUGUGCAGGUAGAAAGCAUUGACAGCAUAUCUGAAGUUGACAUGGACUUCACAAUGACUUUAUAUCUCAGACAUUACUGGAAGGAUGAGAGACUUUCAUUUCAUAGUAACAAAAACAAAAGUAUGACUUUUGAUGGAAGACUGAUAAAAAAGAUCUGGGUACCUGAUAUAUUUUUUGUACACUCCAAAAGAUCAUUCAUCCAUGAUACAACUGUGGAAAAUGUCAUGCUCCGAGUAUACCCUGAUGGCAAUGUACUCUUCAGUCUACGAAUAACAGUUUCUGCUAUGUGUUUCAUGGAUUUCAGUAGGUUUCCUCUGGACACCCAGAAUUGCUCUUUAGAACUGGAAAGCUAUGCAUACAAUGAAGACGAUCUGAUGUUAUACUGGAAACACGGAAACAAGUCUCUGAGCACAGAUGAGCACAUCUCCCUCUCCCAAUUUUUCAUUGAAGAAUUCAGUGCUUCCAGUGGACUAGCUUUUUACAGCAGUACUGGUUGGUACAAUCGACUUUUUAUAAACUUUGUGCUUCGGAGACAUAUUUUCUUUUUUGUGCUACAAUCCUACUUCCCCGCCAUGCUGAUGGUGAUGCUGUCUUGGGUUUCAUUUUGGAUUGACAGAAGAGCCGUUCCUGCCAGGGUAUCACUAGAUUAGCAUCUCUGUGAAGAUCUAAUGAAAAUUUGUUAAGAUUUCUAAUGUAACCAUAAUGCGUCUGUGUUGUGCAACUGUUGGCUUAAGAAUUAGUAAAGAAGUUCCUGUUCUUUCUUCUUACUGAUGCUAGUCCCAGAAGGCAAAUGAAUGUUGCCAUAUUUCUUAGACAAGUGAAAAUUUGAGGAUCUUUGUUUAAGAAACAAAAUUGCGUGUACAGAGGGAGCCCUCAACUUUUAUCUACAGCUAUAUCAAUCUAGAAAAAAAUAGGACUGUAGCUACCUCAGAUCCCUUUCUGUUGACAGGCUGAAGUUACUAAUACAUGAGUUAUAAAUCUAUUUGUUAGUUGAAAACAA